UUCCCACUCCCCAGCGUUUCAAACCCAUAAACCCUACCAUAAACCCCAAUAAUGGCGACAACAAAAGCACCUCCAUCACAUUCCCUCCAAAUCCACCGCCUUCCGCAAUCUCAAUACAUUGACGCAGUCCGCUUCCUCCCAGCCUUCUCUGGCUUGGACCGCUUCGCCGUCCUUGCCCUCUUCGAUACUCACUCCAGCUCACCCUCCCUCCAAAUCCACUCCCUCCCCAAGUCAACCCCUCCAUCCCUCAACCUCCAAUCCUCCCUCUCCCUCUCCUCCCGUGUCUCUUCUCUCUCCCUCUCCCUCUCCGCCCACAAACCCCUCAUAGCCGCCUCCACCUUCUCCGGCUCCCUCCACAUCCUCCUCCUCGAUUUCGAUACUUCCGUUCAAUCGGAGUUUUCAGUGCCCGAGAAGUCGUUACAUGUUGGAGCAAUUUCUUGUGUUGAUUUGCAGGAGAGUGGAGUGGAGUGCGUGAGUGUUGGGGAGGAUGGGAGGGUGAAUUUGGUGGCUUUUGGAGAUGGAUCCAGGUUGAGUUAUAGAAGGGUUUGGGAUAGCGAUGGGUUGGUUUCUUACACGGCGGCCAAGUGGGCGUCUCCAACGGAGUUUGCUACGGGGGGGUUUGGGUUUGGGCUUCAGUGGUGGGAUCUGAGGAAACCUGGUGGCCCGGUUUCGCAGUUCAAGGGUAACUGGACUCAAAGAACAACAUCUGGGAUUGUACACUCCAUUGAUAUUCAUCCAUCCCGAAAACACACUUGUCUGGCAGGAGGGUCUUUAGGUACAGUAUUUGCCUGGGAUCUUCGAUGGCAGCAACAGCCAAUUAUUCUUUCUGGGGUUGGCACGAGCGAGGUAGCAACCCAUUCACCCUGUGAAAGUGAGGUAUGGGAGGUCAAGUAUGACCCUUACAUGCAGACUUCUAACUUUGGGAACAUGUCAUCCUCACGGAUCUUACCUGCUAUGCUUUGCUCAGAAGAUGGGAUCCUUGCUGUUGUAGAACAAGGUGAGGAACCCAUUGAGCUCCUGGCAGAGCCCUGUGCCAUCAACAGCUUUGACAUUGAUAGACAAAACCCCACCGAUGUGAUUUGUAGUUUGGAGUGGGAAUCCAUAGCCAUCUUGAGCAGGCCAUAGUUCCAGAAUUGGGCAUGAAUUGUAGCAUAAGUUGGAACAUUGUCUCUAUAUUUUUCCAGUCACUGAGGUGUCUUCAAGGAUGGAAACAGCAUGACACAGUCAGUUUGUAUUGCUAAAGUAUGUUGAAUAGUGUUGGGAAAACAAACCUCAAUGCUUUUGUAGUUAGCUUUUCAUUCGAUAGAAAAGAUAUUGUGCCUCAGCAAGGCACUUCAAAUGUAUCCAAUCCAUUUUGCUUUGUGUGCAAGAACAUGAAAACCCAAAUUUGACGUUGAAGUAGAAGUAGAAAUAAUUAUGACUAUUA